GAAUGUCGUCAGUCAGUCACUCUGUGGAAGUAUCAAGUCCGCGACGCACAAAGUGAAAAACAAACAAAUAUUAAAAAUAUUCCAAAAAGGUUAAAGUCUUAGUUUAAGAAGUUUUUCGAAAAUGGAAAAUCUUAGAUGUCUUUUAUUUUGUGUGGUAAUAAGUUUGUCUUCAUGUGAUGCUUAUAAAAUUUUGGCCGUGUUUCCUAUGCCCAGUCCCAGUCAUGGCAUUCUUGGAGACAAUAUGGUCAAACAUCUUCUCAAUGCUGGCCACGAAGUAACUUAUGUAACGCCUUACGUUCAAAAACAGAAGAAUCAUACACACCUACAUUUAGUGGAUGUUAAUGACAUCGAAAUAUUUUUCAAAGCCGCAGGAGAUAUGCUGGAUUUCAAGCAAAUUCUUGCUGGAACAGUAGAUCUGCAUGACAUUAAAUUCAUGUUUCAACUUCUAUCGACAAUUGCUGACAUGACACUGGGCAAUCCAAAUGUUCAGAGAAUGAUGAGAGACCCACAGGAGAAGUUUGAUGUCAUUAUUCUCGAGUACAUGUUCCAUGAUUUGUUUUCCACGUUUUCAGCAGUAUUCCAGUGCCCUUAUAUCUGGUUCUCCACCAUAGAGCCACAUUGGACAAUUAUGAACCUAGUCAGUGGUCCUAUGAACCCAGCCUAUACCACCGACUACCUUCAGGCUCAAAUUCCUCCAUUCACGUUUAUGGGCAGAGUUCGGGAGCUCUGGACUCAAAUUAAAGGAUUAUAUUAUCAUAAAUUUGACUUCCAUGAUGUAGAAGAAGCUAUAUACCAAAAGCAAGUAGUCCCUAUUCUAAAGGAGCAAGGGAAACCAGUACCUGAUUAUAAUGUGCUGAAGUAUAAUGCAUCUUUACUGCUGGGCAACUCGCAAGUGGCGAUGGGUAACGCAGUGCCACUACCACCAAGCUACAAGCACAUUGGCGGGUACCACAUUGAUGAAGAAGUCAAGCCAUUACCAGACAGUUUGAACAGAGAUAUUAUUUAUGCUAUAGAAGGUGUAUUCCACACAGCGUAUUCAAUUCCUGACGGUUAUCCUGAGGCCGAGAGUAAGGAAGAGGAUAAUUUUCUUAUUAAAAUCUGUCUGACGGAUCGAUGA